AUGUCUUUUGAUGGCAUGCCUCCUUCAGCUGGAGUCUUUGCGAGCAUUCCCGUGCAUGCUGAGGAGUCAAAAAUCUGCACUCGUUUGGUUGCUGCGCUGAAUGGCCGAGGAAAGCAUCGUCGAUGUUCAGGCUUCACGUUCAAGAAUACAUCAGCACGGUCUGAAUCGCCGGGUCUCGGAACGUUCAAGCCAGAUGUUUGUAUCUUCCGAGAUGGCGUGAAGGAUGCUCAUCAGAAGAGCAAAAGCAAGAGCGCGGUCGCUCAUUUGGCCUAUGCAGAACUGUUUAUCGAAGUGAAGCGCAAUCUCUUGGAGGACUUCUUCUCAGAUCCCCCGGAGAACGCGGAUCGCGCAAGUCACCAGUUUAUCCUGAACCGCGAGUCAUUGGUGAGCAUGGAGGAGUUCCGUCAUGCGAAGGAGGCUCUUGGGAAGAUUGUUGCCUAUGCCACGGAGAUUCUGGCCCGCCAGCAUCGUCAUUGCCUCUUCUCGAUGUCCGUUUCCGGCUGCUAUGUUAGACUAUUCUACUGGGACCGUAGCGGAGUGGUGGUGACAGAAGCGAUGAGCAUGCGUGAGCAUCCGGACAUCAUCUGCAAGUUUCUGUGGUGGUUUUCCCAUGCUAGCGACUAUGCUCGAGGCUUCGAUGUGACAGUGGAGUGGGCCGAGCCAGCUGAGGAGAAGAAGUUUGAGCAGGCGAUCACUCGGCACAUCAAGGAACAGCUGCUACUCUGCACCUCGAAUGAAGAUGUUAUUCGACUAGCGAAGGACGAAGAGCAAGUGGAAUUAAGAAAACGAAUACCAAAAGACACGAAACGAUUGGUGGAAGCUCUAUGCGAACACUACACGUCGGGGAAAGUCAUAGCGGUCCACGUUUUCGACGAGACAACCGACCGUCAAGGCAACGUCAAGGUCGAACCUUAUCGUUAUCUCGUUUCCCGUCCCACUGCGUCUCCCAUAUCAUCUUUAUGCAGAGACACGCGUGAAUACUGGGCAGUGGGCCUGGACGGUACUGUGAGGCUGCUGAAGGACAGUUGGCCAUAUCACGAUUCAGGCAUAGAACAUGAGAGCACCAUCAUGAAAGACUUGACAGAGUGCGCCGUGCGAAAUGCUCCCGAGGUUCUGCAUCGAGGCGAAGUCAGGCUGUGCCACGAAGACAUGCGUUCUCAGAGAACACUUGCGGGAAUCUUUCUGCGAGAAGCGUGGUUAUGUAUUGGGAACACAGAGAAGGGAAAACGGCGGAAAAUCUCAGUCUCGCGCCACGUCCACUGCAGACUCGUUUCAAGUGUCGCCGGGUACAAUCUGCGACAUUUCACAGACUCAAAGGAACUUCUUGAAAGUACCCGUGACGUACUCGACGCAAUUGCCGAUGCCUACAAUCUAGCCAAGAAGAUCCACCGCAGUGUUAGCUUGAACAGCAUCAUCUUGUACAGAAAACCGGGGGAGGAGCGAAGGCGUGGAUAUCUGACAAACUGGGAGCUCGGCUGCGACAUCAAUCCCUCUUCAGAACGUCGCGGGCGGCGCGUCAUUGGCUGUUGGCAAUUCGCGUCGAUGAAUGUUCUAUCAAUCAACGAUUACCAGCGCGUUGUAGAGGACGACUUAGAAUCUUUGCUUUACACAGUGCUCUUUUGCGCUGUACUGUGGUUGGCUAACAACGGAACCGAGAGACAGUUGGAGAUGUUCUUUGCCAAUGUUUUUGAUAAGUACAGGGCACCCUAUGGAGAACACGUGCUGGGCGGCUCAGCGAAGAUGAUGAAUAAGUGGAAUCGCAGACACACGAAAGGAUUCGUGUUCAGAUCAAAGCCUUUGCAAGUGUGGCUGGACGAGGUUAUGGACCUGAACAGUCCGCCAUUUUCGGUAUCAUCCGUGUCGAAGAGGUACCCGCGCACCUGGAACUUCAAGAGCCUGGCAGAUCUCUGGGAUCAAGUAUUGAGGAUGUCAUUCCCCAACAAACCAGAUAGAGUGAAGCGCCACAAAUCCGAUGUUCCAUGGGGUGUUGUCCUGUUCGUGGCCACGAUCACCCCUAUCAGACGCAGAUCGGCUUAUUGCCGUGAUAGACCAUUACGGAGCUGCAGGAUAGUUGGUGCGACGGGUCAGCGUGAGGUACGCGGGAGCGGUACACGACGGACGGCAGACGAAAUGGACAUCAAUCGCGAAAAACCUACCAGUGAGGCUGUCCAUGAGAAGACGCUCCUCGGGAAACGUCUGGCCUCCAACACGACAGACGACAAACGGCCAAUGAAGAAGACGAAGCGGGGUAACUGGAGCACCAAGGCCGGCGCAGGCGGACAACACAUGAGUACACAUCAGCGGUCUUCUGCUGAAGGUGGCCACAGCGACCCAUCCGCAUCCCACUCGUCUCGACCUCGACCGGAACCUUCUGACUCUAAAAUGGAGACAUAG